GUGCCACACUCCAAUGCCAAGCAGCCACCUUUUAAGUCUCCUUUUCUCUCUCAAAAACUCUUCUUUUCACCUUAACUCAACCAAAUCAAACUCCAAAAAACUAUACCUUCCUUCUGAUUCUUCUGUUCUUGAUAUCACUCGCUCAAUUGUUCUCUCUCUAAUUUAGUCUAUAUAUUCUCUUUCUGCUAUCUUUUACUGUCCUGCUGAUCUCUGAGCAAGUCUGUUGUCUUCUUUCACCACUUGAUUGCCUUUUCCUAGUUGACAAUAUUGCUAUUAGUGCUUUUUGUAAUAGUGUUGCAAAUUUUAUGGGUAUAAAAUAUGAGUUAGUGAUUCAUUUUCUUCAAGUUUUGAUUUCCUUUCUUUUCCUUUUUUCAAAUUCUCUGCUUCAUUUUAAAAAUCAAAAUCUGGGAUUUGCCCCAGGUUUCAUUCCUGUUGAGAAGAUCAAAUUUUUGUUUUUCUUUUAAAGCCUCUUUUCUGGAUUCUUUCAGAUUCUUAAAAGUUGGGUCUUUAUUGGUUUCGUAAGUUUUUACUAAUUUUGCUAAGAAAAAGAGAUUCUAAAUUUAAUGCCAUUUCAUAUUAUAAUAAGACUCAAACUUUGCAUAUGCUGUGUUUCAGUUCAAUAUGAAUUUGUUGUAAGCAAUUGCAUUUUUAAGUAGAAAUAGGCAUGGAAACUCUAUAUCCCGCUUUUUGCAUGUCAAAUUCAAAUUGGUUCAAUCAAAGCACAGAAUGGACUAAAGAGGAGAACAAGGAGUUUGAAAGGGCUUUGGCUAUGUACGAUGAACAUGAACCAGAUAGAUGGACAAAAGUAGCAGCAAGAAUUCCAGGAAAGACAGUUUAUGAUGUGAUUAAGCAAUAUAGGGAGCUAGAAAUGGAUGUCAGCGACAUUGAAGCUGGGAAAGUACCAAUUCCUGGUUACCUCAGCUCUCCUUUUACAUUGGAGUGGGUUGAUGACCGCGAUUUUGAUGCCUAUAGAAAGAGGCCUUUGCCUACUAAAAAUGGUGAUCAGGAGAGGAAGAAAGGUGUUCCAUGGACUGAAGAUGAACACAGGCGGUUCCUUAUGGGGCUUCUAACCCAUGGUAAAGGGGAUUGGAGGAAUAUAUCCAGAAAUUUUGUAGUUUCUAAAACUCCAACUCAAGUGGCAAGCCAUGCACAGAAGUAUUUCAUAAGGCAGCAGCUUUCUGGGGUGAAAGAUAAGAGAAGACCAAGUAUUCAUGAUAUCACAACCGUCAAUCUCAAUGAUACUGCUAUAUCAGAUGGCAAUAGACAUUUGUCUGUAGAGCAAUCUAAUGCCCUUUUGUUGCAGCAAAAGGCUUCUAGCAUGCAGAAAAUGUUGGUUGAUUGGAACCCCUCAAAGGAUGAAUCAAUAAUGGUCUUUGAUUCUACUCAUAGCAACUUACUUAUGUCAACUCAAAAUGAUAUUGCUUCAAAUACCCUCAAACUUCAAGGGCAAAAUCUUUAUGGCAGUGCAUAUCGUGAGACUCACAUCAACCCACAUAAUUUGGUUUUCCAGAGACAUCAAAUUCGCGGUUAAGGAGGCUAUGGCUGCCCUUGUUCAUGUCAGUGGAUCCAAUUUCUAAACCUGAUUUGUGUUUUGUUCUAUAUAUGUGGUUCAGUUAAUUGUUUUCUGACCAUAAACUGAAGGUUCAUAUCCUAUGAUGUCUCAGAAUUCCAAUGAAAUCUUCUAAGCUUAGCAUGUAUCUAAAAGCAGCUUUAAUAUGGCUGCUGAUUCACUCUUUCUGCUUUAUAAAUUCUUUCUCUGUAGACAAAAUCUUGAAGAUUGUAAUUCUGAUGCUAAAAAUCUUAGUCAUUCUCAACUUUGUUCUUCAAGAAUAGUAAAAUAAUAUGUGAAUUAGGUAAAA